UGUGCUGGCAACCAUGUGCUACUGUUUAUGAUGCUCGCCGCCCGUUCCCGUUGCUGCGACGAUGUAACGAAACCGAAGGCAUCACUGUUCCUCGCAACAGUUGUGACCUUUGCAAAAACUCGGUUUGCCUUGUGUCGAAGUGAGUGCUGUAACGGCGUCAUAAAUAUCGUUCUUCACUCGAAGAUGGCGCCGAAGAAUGCUUCUUCGUGUCUAUUUAGGCUUCCCACAUUAACAGAGGACGGACUGUAUAAAGUGCAGUGGUAGGGCUGGCUUCCGUCGAUUUUCGUCGCCUGUUGUGCUCUGGGGGUCCUUCAAGUUGCCAAAAAUCGGGGCCACUGGAUCCGAAGGAUGGCUCUAAAGAAAUUUCGGACUCCACCGGGACCCGCUUCAUAAAUGAAAAGGCGGCGUUACUGGCUUUUGUCCAAAACAGACUGCUCCCCUCCCACCCCCUUUGUCGUGAAAAAUGCUUUCCACUCGCAAUGGCUCUGAUAGCAAGGGUGCCAUGAAUCAGGAGCUGUCCAUAGCACCCGUGUCUUGCCAUCGCUGCUUCCUGGCCAAGUCUUCCAAGGACCACGUUGUUGUGGUGCCCUCUGGUGGAGCCAACCAGGAAUACCAUCGAUUGAUCCCUGCCCUUUUUCGGGAUGUGUCUACCAUUUCUACAAAGUCACUGCUCAAGCUUGUUCAAGAGCUGUCCAACUCGCUGACGGAGCACAGCUUACUGAUGCGCCUGGUGGGGACACCCAAGGACGGCCUCCUUCACCGAAGCCGCAUGUCUGCUCUGCAGUGCCGCUCCUGCCAGAUGGCACACUGCCUGAAGGCACAUUUUGUGGAUGUUUUCCGCGGGAUGGAGUCCUUGUCACAGCCCGAUGUUGUGGAGCUGGGCAAGUCCCUGCGCAUCUACAUGGCCUGCCUGCACUCCAUGGAGCAAGAGCUUCUCCAGACUGCCCACCUGUUCCAGCUGUUCCCCUUGCACCCCACCCCAGAUGGUUCGGUGAAAGCUCAGUUUGUGCACACGGGGACUACUGGCGGGAUGGAGCAGAUGUUCAGCGCUGUUUGCGAGUCCCUGAUGUUGUCCACAGCUGACAAGUACCGGCAAGAACGGGAAAGCUGGAAGCAGCUGGCAAAGCUCACUAUGGACAUACGUGCACUCAGUGAUUCGUUACAUACGGAUGCGGUUUUAGGCUCCAUGGUUGACUACGUCAUCUUUAAUCCAGAUGACAAACUGUCGAAGACUCACCCACCCAGUGAAAUGGCACAAUCCAACAACCUGAGGCUGCUUGGGCCUGCCUCUGCCACCAGUUCUGAAGAGAACCUGGCCCUUUGUUACUUGGAAGAGCUUACCUGCUGGUUGCCUUGGUGCCUUACCUCCCACUUCAGUUGCUGCUUCUGGUGGUGGUGUGGAGCAGAGGUAGAACACCGGGCUUCUAAUCCGAAGGUUGUAGGUUCAAAUCCUCCUCCAGUCCACUACAUUUUCAGGCUUGGAGUGGCCCCUGACACCAGCCAAAAAAAGAAAAAUGCCAAGAGCCAGUGGGGCUAUACUAGUCCAGGUGCAACCAAAUUAGGAAGGCCCACUAAGCUUCAACAAAGGCACUCCCUCACCAGAACAGGAAUUGGCCUCCCUGGUACAAAGUAUUCGGCCACUACCUCCCUCAUGACUCCUGCAAUUAACUUUUUGUUAUGCCUUAGUACUAAAAUUUAUCAUUUCUGUUUCUGUUUCUGGUGAAGUUUCAAGUGGAUAGUAUGAUGAUUGUGACAACAUGCAUAACAGUGAUUGUGGUCGUUUUGACAUACAGACCUCCAUGGUAACAAAUCUUAAGGCCCUUUUAAAAAGUUUUCGUAACACAUGAUGUUCAAUAAGAUGUGAAGCUUCGGAUUUGAAAAUAAAUAAUUUUGUGCUGCCGUUGUUUGCUAUUUAUGGCAGCUUGAAUGAACAGCCAAGUGCUCCAUAUGUAUGGAGAGACUUCAGAAAUCAUGCAGUCAUCGGAUGCAUUAUGAACUUUCUCAGUACAUGUGCAUGAACAUAACGGGACCUGUAAUGUGGGAGAUGCCGUUUUGGUGCUUCAAAAAUAAAACAGGCUGUUGUGAUUGUUUAAUGAUCUGUUGCUGCUUGUGACGACCGGAUUCAAGGGCAUAAAAAAAUGGAAAAAUGUACAAUUCAUUCAUUUUGACUGCCCGUAAGCAUAAUAAGUUAACAAAUAGGCCAGGUUCUUGCCAGUGUCACCGUCAACUGGCUGGCACUGUCGUGCUGCAUUGUGCUAAACUUCAUUGUAGUUUACAUUGAAAAGUUCAUUUACAUAGGUGUAGUCCUGGCUUUCUUCGAGAAGUUGGAGGCCUGGCAGUUGGGCUGGGUGCAUCAAAAAAUAUUUAUUAAGGGUUACCUUAUUGCAUAUAUAACAUGGUACUGAAUGUAACACAGAUUAGAUAUUUAUGUCUGAAGUUGGGGGGGAAAAAAAAUAGAGAAAGACUUGGAAUUGUUCAUGUUUAUGCAAAUGCAGCAUAUAGGGAGUAUUCAGGUGGUGUCACAUAGGCCAUAUUAUUGUUCUAUUUACAGCUUUCACACUGAUUUGCUGGAGAUAAGCUAUAUCGGGAUAACACAUAGCUUUUCUCCACGCUAAGUGUACAACAAUAUGGUGACCUUCAUGAUGCCAUUGCGUAUCCUCAUAAUGUUUGGAUAUACCGUAUAAACCGAAUUAUAGGUCGAGUGGGAGUAUAGGUUGACCCCCAAAGUUUAGGUGCAAAAAAGAGGAAAAAAAGGAAAACAAGCAAAAAUCGCUGACACGCAUUUAUUUUCGAAACUGCGCCGCUCACCCACCACCGGGGCUGUAGUCUCAUUCGUUGGAAGUAGCAGCAAUGUCCUUGGAAGACUACCGUUUGUCGCUGGCCACUUUGAAAACAGCUUCUCGCGCCAGCUCCACGGCUUUGCAGCGAAUUGUAUGCACAGUCACUGGCAGCGAGCGCGCACGAAGUGCCCGCACAAAGUCCGCGAGUGUGUCAAGGUUGCGGAUGAACCUCACUAUGCCCACGAAAUGACGUUUUGCAUGGGUUGCACUUCAGCAGCUUUCCUUUCUACGCUCUGCAAUACCGCAUGCUUUUUUUCCAAAAUGCGUUGCCGUUCGUUCGCUUCGGCAAGGUUGUCACAGCUUGCCAGAUGACAACUCGCAUUCGACUAAAGACCGCUAUAUAAGACGAGGGGCGCCUUUAGCUUCCUUUUUGAGAUAUAAGUCUCGACUUAUAUCUCAGUUUAUAUAGUAGUUGUCUUCCUGGCUACAUGGGGCUGCAACUAAAGUUUCAGGAAGCAGAUUUAUGCAUGUCAUUUGAAAUAAAUGCUUUAAGGUUACCCAAAAGUCACUUGCACACACUCUUUCAGGCACUAAAUGCUCAGUUGUGAAAUUUUCUCAUGAGUCUUUCUUCAAAAUCUAAAAAAGAAAUAUCUCUUCCGUACAUUAAUGGUCGUGUGCCCUUUUCAAUGUCUGGCAUGCCCAUUAACUGGCCAGUUAAGGUUGGUUACGUGUUGUGAAUAGUCAACGCUUUCCUUUUGCAAUGUAUCUGCAUGAAUAAAAACAAAACACCCUGUAUAUAUAUACAUAUACAUACAUACAUACAUACAUACAUACUUACAUACAUAAGAUGCUACGUUUAAAUACAGCACUUUACUUAAAGCGCUUGCUCAGUGGAACUACUGUUCAAAGUACGUAAACAAUUCUUGUUUUAGGCGUAAGCUCCAGUGGGCACCGAUUCCGUUGUCUUUCCUUUUUAUUUUCUGGUGCCUUUUGGCUGCUAGUGGUUUUUUCGCAUUGCAAGAAUCUGUGAUAUAAUUUUGAAUGUGGCAGCUAGUCCUGAGUGCUCACAGCCAGCUCCUGGAAGUGAUAGCAUUUCAGAGUUUUCCUCUGCCACCGUUUUCUCUGCUGCCACAUUUUCUCGAGUUGAUUCUGCCAUUCAACACACAACUCGUUGAAAGAGUGAAUGCAUGCACAUAUGGUAGAGUCACCUGUCAUCAAGGUAUCUUGAGUUGCUGUUGGCCAUAAGUGUUAUGCUGCCUAAAUCUUCUGAGGGGACUUUGUAUUGUCCAUCUAUUGUCAGUGUUCCCUUGGCUAGUAACAUCACUCAUUGAAUGUUGUGUGUGAGAGCGUGUUUUCAUGCUUAAGGUACGGUGAAAACCUGUUUUGUCAUUUGUUGGCCUUGUAUUUAUGCAGGAUGUGUAAGAGCAAACUCCAUUUGUGCUCUUUAAUUUAGCUCGAGGCAGCCCGGAUAUUUGUGUCACUCAAACAUGCAUGAAGCUAUAUUUAGUGGAAGCUGCGCAAAAGAGUUCCAUCACAUUUGUCAUAAUGGAUGCUUGCUUAUGAAGUGAAACUGCACCCAGCUUUCGUGCUUAGGUUGCGUGUUCUCAUGUCAUGCUGAGUUGCAUAGCAUAAUACCUCUCAUAUGUUCUGUCGACUGUGUUUGAUUGCAAAUGCAUUGUGCACGGAGUCCUCGACAGCUUUUUUUUACCUUUGGAAAUAGCACUUAAUUUUACAUAUGUUUAAGCAAGAUUGCAUCAAGUCUUGGUUGUGCAUUAAAACAUUUAGUCUGCUUUUUUCAUGCGUCUAGACAAGCAACCAACCAAUUUCACUUUCUUUUGUCACUUUCUUUGGAAACAUUCUUGGCAUGUUUCAUUAUGUUGCACAGAGCUUUUAUUGAAUGAACGCCCUUGCAUGAUGGUGUGUAAACUCUGCAAUAGCAAGUUGUCUAGAUGGCUGCAGUGCUUUCGCAGUUCGAUAGACAGCAUUAUGUGUGCAUGCAUGCGUGUGUAUGUGCGUGAACAGGCUUUUACUUCGUGCUUGUUGUUUCCUGUCCCAAUAGCACGUCUUUUUCAGAAGAGGCUUGGAAGAAGCUGCCUAUGUGGAAGCUAUAUGUUAACUGCCUGUGUUUCAUCGUACAUGUAUUGUUUCUGGUUCUCUCCAAGUGAGGAUGUAUUUUGAACGCCAUUAACACAGUGUUGUCCACUCUACGUGUGAAGAAAUGUAUGUGCCUUACUUAUGAAUGAAUUCAUUCACUCUCUGUGCAACUCUGGGGUAAGCUGUUUUUGAGUCAUGAUUGAAGCAUUGACCCAAGUGCUUCUUAUCAUGCAGCUUGCACGUGCAAUUCUCAACUGCUAGCUCUUCUAUCUAAUGAACGCUGUUAUUCCCACAGCAAUCCUUAGUGUUGUCACGCAGUAAAAUGUCUCUGCAUGUGCUCUGAAGCUCCACAGGUAAUGCAUUUGAACCACUCAUAGGUAGUGUUGGCUUUAUAUAGCAGCCAGAGUAAAGACACAGCAUUUACAGAAAAAUAUAUCAUCCCUGUUUCACGGCUUGUUUAUUUUUUACAUUGUUCCGGUGUUACGAAUUUUUCUUGGAUGGUGUGGCAGGCUGUUCAAAAUGUUUCAAAGUUUAUGCCAAAGAAUAGUCGCCCUCUGUUGUGGAACUUGACUACACAACAUGCAGCAAAGCUUCAGCGCAAUGCAUUUGACUGCUGGAAAGAAAGAAAGCUGGUCUCUGUGAUUUGCGAGGCAGAAAGCAGUUGUGUGAUCUCUUGCCGAUGAGUUGUCUUUCCUGUAAAGCAGCAGUCUUUUGUAACAUGCUCAGUGCUGUUUGCCCGUGUUGCUCAUUACUCAAGUGAAAUGUGCACGCUUUUGAAUGGCCCUUGAUGCGAUAACUCACAAGUGGCACGUGUUGCACGUUUGUAGAAAUGGUAGUGUCUUCUAGGCAUCUUGUGUGUGUUGGCCAUAUCUUGUUACACUAACUAUUUUGUUGUGAGAUGUCAGAAACGUGGAAAAAGGGACAAGAACAAUGUAAUGAAUAUAAUUAGUAGCUUCUGAGAAAUGAAAUGUUGUUUUUAGGGUUAAGUUUAGAAGUAGGGUAUUAUUGGCAGUGGCAUGGUUAGUAUAUAGGCUGAUUCUGAGCCUUGAAAUUUUUUCUGAGGCAAUGUAGGACUCUGCUACCAAAAACAGUGAUGGCUUUUUCUUGAAGCAUAGAUGGCCUUUUUGAUUUUCAUAAUCAACAGGAUGUCUCCCUGACAGAAAAAUAAAUAUUGCUACUUUUGUGAUGUUCGCUUUUAAGAUGAUGCUGUUGCUUUUGUACUGAGCAAAGUGUCUGCCUAAAUGUGACAGAUAAAUAUGAGAUAAAGGGAAUAGGUGCUUGUUUGGUCACACAGCUGAAAUGCAAAUGUAGUGAUUGAUAGUGAGUGUGCCAGAUAAAUUUGAGAAUUGAAAAUUGUAACUCCUUGGUAUGCUUGAUAUUUCUUGCCAUCUGCCUGGUGCAUUAGUGUCUGAAAAAAAGGAAAAAAUAAUUCUAUUGAAAGUAUCCCCACCCUUAUUGACGAUUGAUUAAAAGUCAUGUCCAACUAAUUUGUCUUCUACCCUGCUUAGUCUAUCGAGUGUGCUUUCUGGGUCAAAACAUAAAAUCUUUGAACCCUAAGAGAAGAACACAGCAGUCAUGUUAUGAACUUGGGAGCUCAAUGUAUCAUUGUUUAUGUUUAUCAGCACGUACCCUGGCAUUUUAUGAUUUAAACAUCUUGUAAGAAUAGAGUUGUAGCACUUGCUACAUCAUAAGAUGAUGCUGAAAUUCACUUUGAAAAGGGGAUUGCUUGGGUUGUUAUUCAAUAAUUCAGUCAUGGGCGCUUUGCUCACAGUGUUAUGGCAGAUGCCUUAAGCUCAGUAAGAGCUGGCGUGCAGAACUGUUGCUUGCUGGGAGUGCUUACUAGUUGCACAGAAGAAAUUACUGAAUUAAUUUAUUUGGUUACUGAUUUAUUAUGUCCUCAGGGCCAAUGGCAUUACAGAGGGAGUGGGGAGAAAGUUUUACAUAAAAUAUGUACAAAAAUAGCAUCGACAACGCAACCAAAUACUGCUAUUACACAAUAUUAGCAAAUCACAGAUAGAAGUGCAUAACCAUGAUGACGUAGGACCUGUGGAGGCUGGCAUGCAUGUAUGUGACUCAGGUUUAGCACUGAGCACGAAGGCAAAAAUAAGCACUCAGGGAAGUACCCAUUGGGGAGCACUGAGAAGAAUCGCAUUGCCUGAAGCACUUGUUGCUCAUGCAGUCACCAUUCACUUGUCAACUGCGUAUAGGUCAAGUCCUUUAGGGUCCCUAUGAAGCCAUUGCCUUUAAAAAUUAUUUUCUUUUUGUUUUGACUGUCAUGUACAACUUUGGGCAAACAAUCUUGCCUGACCUGACGGCAUACUUUGUUGUUAUGGGUACAUAUUUUGUUGGGAAACGGCUAUAGCCAUGUCAUGUACUGGCCAUUGAUCUUUGUCUGCUUGGCCUAGCAUGAACAUAAUUAUCAUUUUGCAGCAACAGUGCUGCUGGCAAAACAACCAUCAGAUUUCUCCCAUACGCUUGUCAUGCUCUUUGCUUACAUUUAAGGCUGUCAUUAACUGUGCACUAGUUAUGAUGUUGCACCUUAAUGUGCAUUUAGAAUAUCUCAGGCUUUGCAGAAGUGGAAGUUUCACACUAGAGCUAGAGGCAGGGGUAUCUGAGGCUUCUAGCAUUGACAUGUGUUUGAUGGCAAUUGUUGCAUAUGUUUUUAAAAUAAGCUUCAGAAACAUGCUUCAUACCAACUUCUGGCGUGGUGUGCUUGGUACAUCUCCUUGUUGAUCUGUUCAGUGUUGCCGUGUGUUUUUUUAUUAUCGGCAGCUGGUUACAACGUGUGUUCUGCUGUUCUGGCUUGUAUGAACUAUCAUAAUAAGUACUGCUAUGCUGAUAUGAGAUUUGUAUCAGGAAAGGAAAUUGGUGUUGCACUUUUAUGAAUUUGACGUCGGUGAAUUGACCCUGUGCCAUGCAAUAUCAAGUAAGGGACCUCAAUAUCAAGUAAAUUUACCUUGUGAAAGCAUAAUGAGCCUGCACAUCUUGUGUCUGUGUGUGUUGCGGCUCCAGUCUUGAGAAUUCCUUUAUCUUUGUAGCAGGGCUAACUAACUCUGCAGGUUGACCUAACGUAUCUGGAUAACUUAUUCAGGUUGCAUCAUCUAAACUCUUUUGUUUUUAUGUGAGUUGUCAAAAGCAAACAGCAUGUCAUUGCUGCAAAUGAGUCUGUAGGGCAUUGAUUGAUACCGAAGCCCAUCUUUGCUGCAAAACAACAGCCUAACCCGUAAGAUGAGAAACACUUGUUAUCACCAGAUCACCUUGUUUGCAACCUCAUCAUUUGGCCAUAAUAUCCAGCCAGAGCCACCUUUUGCAUGUAGUGUCUGGUUGUAGUGAGUUCACCAUCCAUGACAGUUCUGCCUGCACAAAAAUGUCUAAAAGCAUACUGAUGGGUUCUUGCUGCAUGCAUGAUUCAAUUUACUGGCAAAGUGAAGUUGGCUCCACCAAUACUGGUUGCAUGCAGGUCACUUGUGAUAUAUAUAAGCACUUGGAUGUAACGGCAUGCUCAGAAUUGAAGCUUGAAAGUUACAUUGAAACGUGGUACUAUUGUUGAAACAGAAUGGCUCAAUUUCAAAUAGUGGUUUAUUAGAAGAUUUCCGGUGACACCAGAAUACUGGCACCUUCUUAAAAGGCUUGUUUUUUACAGAAAAGCUCUUUGUCAUCUCGUGACAUUGUAACCAUGCUGAUCUGUUACAGUAAUUUUGUGAUGUUUCUUCAACAAUUAUCCUGGGCACCACCAGGAUAUUUUUGUGGGUUUGGGGGUAGAAAAACAUGAUUAUCCAUUUUUUUUUUCGGGGAGUGUGCUAGGGCACUCUAUCACUUGGUACUACAUGGCAGAUGGAAGGGGGUGAGUUGGGGGGGGGGGGGAGGGGGAGGAAGAAAUAUUGGGUUGUUGGUGACUACCCUCUCACCCACUUUAGAGUGCUGCCCCUGCAAUCAACCGCAGGUUUACAGAAUAAUUAACAUUGUUCACAUUUUAUGAAAGAAGCAGGAAUUCAAAGCAAUAUUGAAUGUUAGUUUUUUGUUUUUCUAAGCGAGAAACCUUGGAUUUAUGCUUUUACAGGUUGCUGCUGCUCUUGUGUGUUUCAGGACUAAUGCUCUUGAUCUAUCUCUUGAGACUUCGCACCACGUGCAUGUUUUCACUGAAUCGCUGUUACAUGUAUGUGAAGAAUGAGGCAUGCUAAGCUCCUUUCUGGAUGGAAGCCCAUGUUACUCAUGCAUUCCUUAACACUGCACUGCCAGUGUUAUUAGUUAAGCUGUGUCCUUUGUCCUGUUCACUGUAUGAAACCUUUAAUGUGCCUUUUUAACGAUUUUGUCUAGUGGACUAGCAUUGCUACAGAUUUUUGUUUGAACCAUUACUUUCUGUUUUUCUAUUUAAAUUUGAACUUGGUACUUCCCCAGGAAUUUAACCGUUAGCUUUACAGUAAGCCUAAGCAUAUUUCUUGUCCAGGUAUACAUUCUUGUGGUUGCAGAACUCAGCUGCAGAACCCAAUGCCAUUGUACUUGGGCAGUAUGUUGGAUGUGGGCUAUUUAGUAUUAAUUGCAUUAUACUUAUUUCUUUACUUAGUGCACAUAGUAACAAUUAUCAUUUACUUAUUCCGAUAGAAGUCAGCAUGUGUGUGUUAAAUAAGCGCAAUAGAAAAUGGGUCUUUUUUUUUUCUUCGAAUGCAUGCUUCCUCUUGAACGGUAGCUGUUUUUUUCACUAUAAGCGAGGUUUAAAGGUGAAACACCUUGAAGAAAAUGAAAAUGCUGAUUGUUUCUCUAGAUGCGAUUUCUCAUGCAAGUUUAUUACUGGGAUGCUUGGUAGAAGCCCUCUGCACUGCUAAUGAAGUGCCGCGAGUUGUGAGCAUUAGUAGGCUACAUCUCGCAUGGAUUUCAUCGGCAGCACAGUCACUGCUUGAGCUAGGUGUUGAUGUUUGCAAGACUGUUUGUGAUCCAGAGCUCCGAUGAUAGGAUUACAUUAGCAGAAGAGCAGGACAAUGCGCUAUGGAGCUGAGUUGAAAUUCUUGAAGGUUCUGAAUCUUCACUGUUGGGUUGUCUCAUCUUCAUAAGAUGAUUAGGAUGAAAAAUUUUCCUAAUAUGCAAGUUUAUAUAGCAACCAGCAGAUUUAACAUUUUCAAAGGAAUGUGAUUAGGAGGUCCUCUUAGCAUUGCUAUUAAAAUUCUGUCUCUCUUUGUGCACUUACAGCUUGUGUUAUGUUUUCCACCUCUGUUGGCUUUUACAUCCAUACUAUAUGUUAAAACACAUAUUUCAGUAGCUUAAUAAUGUAGGGUGUCGACUGUUUUCUUUGCUCGUUAUUCCUCUGUCCAUGCUGUGGUGUAUGAUGUAUUCAAAUGGCAUAGCUAAUGAUUCUGUUGUCAGAUCGUGCUGAACAAUUAUGGCAUCCCUUCUCCACCAGACUGUACUUCGAAAAAUAACUAUAUAUGUCCAUUAUAGCAUCCUUUCUUACAUACACCUCAUGUGCGGUUCUAUAGCUGUAAUUUAGUGUUACUGAAUUUCAGUCGAGAUCGUGAUGAAUCCAUGCAAGUCGCAGACGAGUGCGGGGUCUGCUUGAAGAAACAAAUGAACAUAUAUGGUUCUCUUCAACUUAGAUUGAAGACUGUCUUCGGGACCUUUUAAUAAAUGAAAUACAUUAAAAAAAUUCAGCUCUUCAACGACACUGAAAAUAGCCUCAGCUGUUUGAGCUGCAUCUGGUUGUUGCGGAGAGGUACCUUAUUUAUUCUAUUAUUAUUUAUUAUUUACUCUGUGAAUAAACACUUGCAUAGGUCUGACUAACUGCACAUGAAAACAAAGAUGAAAGAGUGAAACGUUUGGAGGUGGAAAAUUUCUGUUUUAACGACGAAGCCCCAGGGACCAACAGUGCAUGCUCACUAAGUUAUCACGUAGCAAUUUGAGCCCCAUGUAAGCACCAUGCUAGUGGCGCUAUAUAUAGUCUCUGUAGUGCAGAAGAAUCGCGGUGAACCACGGACACCUGCAGAGGUCUGCAUGUGGUUGCCAUGGAAGUCGGCAUGGUCUACAUACAGUAGUGGGGCGGGUGUGCCACAUGGCCACCUCUGGCAUUAGUACGGAAGAAGCCAUGCGUCAUGUACUCUGCACAUGUUCUAUAUAGCGUACCCCACUGUGUAGUGCAGGAAGAAUUGAUUGGGUGAACUGAGUGCAUCGCACCGGGUCUUCUUGUAGAGUAAUCAAACACAUGUGCCAGUUGCUGGGCAUUGUAGAUUGCCGCGUCGCUGCACAUGAUGAACUGUAAUACGUGCUGUGUAAGGACGCUGUACUCGUCACAUAAAAUUUGGGAGCAUUGCUUGGCUUUGCUUUAAGCGGGAAAGUGUGUAACACGUUCCACAAUUUUUGGUUGUUUCUGGAUGGUUUCAACGAUUAAUAAAAACGUCACUCACUUGGACUGUGACCAA